AUGGAUGAGAUUGACCAAAACUUCAUCCGUCUGGAGAAAGUGGGCCGGGACUCCAGUUACGAGCAGGAGGGGAAGGUCCAGUUUGUGAUGGACGCGGUGUACUCCAUGGCCCACGCGCUGCACAACAUGCACCGGCAGCUCUGCGGCGGCGCGCCCGGCCUCUGCGCCCGCAUGGCCAACAUCGACGGGAAGGAGCUGCUGGCCCACAUACGAGCCGUCAACUUCAACGGGAGCGCCGGAACCCCGGUCAUUUUCAACGAGAACGGUGACGCUCCAGGACGUUAUGACAUCUUUCAAUAUCAGAUCAACAACUACUCAGUGGCAGAGUACAAGGUCAUCGGACACUGGACCAACCAGCUCUAUCUGAAUCUGGACAGCCUGCAGUGGGCCACGGGCGACUUCUCACUCCCGCCCUCCGUGUGCAGCCUGCCGUGUCACACCGGCGAGCGCAAGAAGGUGGUGAAAGGCGUCUCCUGCUGCUGGCACUGCGAGCGCUGCGAAGGCUACCACUACCAGUCCACCGAGUUCACCUGUGACUUGUGCCCGUACGAACAACGCCCCAACUACAACCGCACAGGCUGCCAGAACAUCCCCAUCAUCAAACUGGAAUGGGACUCCCCUUGGGCUCUUUUCCCGGUUUUUAUUUCAGUUUUGGGAAUAAUCGCCACCACUUUCGUCAUAGCCACUUUCAUACGCUUCAACAACACCCCCAUCGUGCGCGCCGCCGGACGAGAAAUGAGCUACGUCUUGCUAACCGGUAUAUUCCUUUGCUACAUCACGACGUUCCCGAUGAUCGCCGCUCCAGACGUGGUGGUGUGCUCGUUCCGACGGAUUUUCCUGGGACUCGGGAUGAGCAUCAGCUACGCGGCGCUGCUGACCAAAACAAACCGCAUCCACCGCAUUUUCGAGCAGGGCAAGAAGGCUGUAACUGCUCCCAAAUUCAUCUCGCCCGCGUCGCAGCUGGUUAUCACGUCCUCGCUGAUUUCCGUCCAGCUUUUCGGCAUCGUGGUGUGGUUCAGCGCCGACCCCCCGCAUACGUUCGUGGACUACGGCGAGCAGAGGACGCAGGAUCCGAGGAGCGCCCGCGGUGUGCUGAAAUGCGAUAUCUCGGACCUGUCUCUGAUCUGCUCCUUGGGCUACAGCAUCCUGCUCAUGGUCACGUGCACGGUUUACGCCAUCAAGACCAGAGGCGUUCCGGAGACGUUCAACGAAGCCAAGCCAAUUGGAUUUACCAUGUACACCACCUGCAUCAUCUGGCUGGCCUUCAUUCCCAUAUUUUUCGGCACGGCACAGUCGGCAGAACGGAUGUACAUCCAGACCGCCACCCUGACCGUGUCUCUCAGCCUGAGCGCCUCUGUGUCACUGGGAAUGCUCUACAUCCACAAAGUCUACAUCAUCAUCUUCCACCCGGAGCAGAACGUCCCCAAACGCAAACGCAGCUUCAAGGCCAUCGUCACCGUCGCCACCAUGACCAGCAAACUGUCCCAGCUGGCUGCGGAGCGCCCCAACGGAGAGGUGAAGACCGAGCUGAAAGAGUGCGAGGCGGUGGAGGCCAGCGUACCUUCAAGGCGUUACCUUCGCGGCGUUACCUUCGCGGCGUUACCUUCGCGGUGUUACCUUCGAGGCGUUACCUUCGCGGCGUUACCUUUGAGGCGCUACCUUCGAGGCGUUACCUUCGAGGCGUUACCUUCGAGGCGUUACCUUCGAGGCGUUACCAUCGAGGCGUUACCAUCGAGGCGUUACCAUCGAGGCGUUACCAUCGAGGCGUUACCUUCGAGGCGUUACCUUCGAGGCGUUACCAUCGAGGCGUUACCUUGGUGGCGUUACCAUCGAGGCGUUACCAUCGAGGCGUUACCAUCGAGGCGUUACCAUCGAGGCGUUACCAUCGAGGCGUUACCAUCGAGGCGUUACCAUCGAGGCGUUACCUUCGAGGCGUUACCUUCGAGGCGUUACCAUCGAGGCGUUACCAUCGAGGCGUUACCAUCGAGGCGUUACCAUCGAGGCGUUACCAUCGAGGCGUUACCAUCGAGGCGUUACCAUCGAGGCGUUACCAUCGAGGCGUUACCAUCGAGGCGUUACCUUUGA